UUGAGAUAGAACUAUAAUAUUUCUCUUGCUUUCCUAUCACAUCACACAUCCAGAAUGAGUUUGAACAUAAUUUUCCAUUUCAAUCAUAGAAAAAGUUAUCUUCGGUCAACGGUUCAUGCUCUUGUUCUGCCUUCCAUCUUUGUGUUUCAGCAGGCCCUCCCUUUAGCCUCUAGCACCAUGAUCUAUCUUCAAACUUUGUCUCGUCUUCCACAUUUCCAGCUCCACCAACUCAGACCCUUCACGUAUCUUCAUUAAUCCCACCACCAAUUUCAUCUGUACCAAUACUGAGAUAUCUCCAAAGCCUUUGACUUGAUUCACAAAUGUCAGAUAGUGAAGAAGAUGAAGGCUUUAGGUACUGGUUUCGAUGGCAAGUGCCUAUCUGUGCUUUGAUGCUUCUUGUUUCUGCCACAACAGCUUUGAUGCACAUUACAAAGACCAAACCAGGUCCCUUGAGUUACAAUCACCUCUGGAUUCCAAGCUGGAGAAAUCUCAAUCCUCUGUGGCUCCUCGCAUACAGAGCUUUAGCUUUCCUCUGCUUGGUUCGCAUUCAUUUUGAUAGCAUUACCUUGGAUGGAGCUUUUUCUUUCUAUUUUUAUACUCAGUGGACUUUCACUUUAGUUAUGGUCUAUUUUGCGCUUGGGACAAUAGUAUCUGCACACGGAUGUUGGCAGCUCUUGAAGAAACCGCCGCUAGAAAAUGGGGAAAUGGAUGAGUUUCUGAGAAGGGGUUUGGAAGAUAGCAUGUCUACAAACUCUAAUGGCUAUAAAGAGAAAGAAAUUAAAGGUUCAAUCAUGUUGCAAAACAGAUAUGUUGCAGAAGAGUUUAACCAAAUAGCAGGGUUCUGGGGUUACCUAAUGCAAAUUACCUAUCAGACUAGUGCAGGGGCUGUCAUCUUAACAGAUAUAGUGUUUUGGGGUGUUAUUGUCCCAUUCUUGUCCAUUUCUCGUUUCAAGCUAAACAUGUUAAUGGGAUGCAUGCAUACCUUGAAUGCAGUUUUCCUUCUUUUGGAUACAGCUUUAAACAAUCUUCCAUUUCCUUGGUUUAGAUUCGCAUAUUUUGUGCUCUGGAGCUGUGCCUAUGUAAUUUUCCAAUGGAUCAUUCACGCCUGUGGUUUCACAUGGUGGCCUUACCCAUUUCUUGAGCUGAAUACCCCUUGGGCUCCACUAUGGUAUUUCUCGUUGGCCGUGGUUCACUUUCCCUGCUACGGCUUGUACUCAUUGAUAGUGAAAGCCAAAAUUAUGAUUCUUCCUAGACUCUUCCCUCAUUCAUUCUUGAAGUCAUAUUAGCUUGGUUGUAAAUUGUCAUCUCAAAUAGCAGGAACUUUGGAAAACAGAAAUUUGGAGUCUCUCAUUGUUUUUUCCCCUAAAAGGGUUCUUUCAAAUGCUUGCAAUCAGACCAGUAACUUUGGAUGAUUUGUACAGCAUGUUUGAGACACUUUUUUGUUGUUGAAUUAUUUGAAAAGUUCCAACAUACUUUAAACAGACAAA